AUGAGGUUUACCACUCUCAUCCAAUCGCUGCUCGCCUUGUCGGCGUCGACAUGGGCAAAAAACUCAACCUACUACAACCCCGUUCUCCCUGGCUGGCACUCCGACCCAUCAUGUACCCCCGUCAAUGGAACAUUCUUCUGCGUAACAUCAACAUUCAUCUCCUUUCCCGGUCUGCCCAUCUACGCAUCAAAAGACCUGGUCAACUAUAAACUCAUCAGCCAUGUCUGGAACCGCGAGUCCCAGCUUCCGGGCUACAGCUAUGCCACCGACUCCCAGCAGCAAGGCAUGUAUGCUGCUACUAUCCGCCACCACCAGGGCACAUUCUACGUCAUCUGCGAGUACCUGGGCACAACCGGCAACCGUACCAAUGGUGUCUUGUUCAAGACUACCGACCCAUUCAAUGAAGCUAGCUGGAGUAACCCAGUCCUCUUCCGCGCUCCAAAAAUCGACCCUGAUAUCUUCUGGGACGACGACGGCAAGGUCUACGUAGCUACUCAAGAAAUCCGCAUCCAAGAGAUCAACAUCGACACCGGCGCCAUGGGACCCGUCAUCAACCUCUGGAACGGCACCGGCGGCGUUUGGCCCGAAGGCCCUCACAUCUACAAGAAGGACGGAUGGUACUACCUCCUCAUCGCAGAGGGCGGCACAGCCGAGGACCACGCCGUUACCAUGGCCCGCGCCAAGACCAUCACUGGCCCCUACACCCCCAGCCCACACAACCCGCACCUCACCAACCGCGGCACUGAUCAAUAUUUCCAAACCGUCGGUCACGCAGAUCUCUUCCAAGAUGGCAACGGGAACUGGUGGGGCACCGCCCUGGCCACGCGCUGGGGACCCCCCAACAGCUCCUACUUCCCAAUGGGCCGAGAAACCGUCCUCUUUCCCGUGACAUGGCCCACCGGCGAAUGGCCCAUCAUGCAGCCCGUCCGCGGCAUCAUGUCCGGCUGGGAACUCCCCGCUCUGUCUCGCGACAUCCCCGGUACCGGGCCGUUCAACGACGACCCAGACGUCUAUGACUUUCCUGCUGGAAGCCAGAUCCCGCGCAACUUGGUAUACUGGCGGGUACCGCGACCAGGCAUGAUUAGCGUAUCGGAGAACGGCUUGCAGGUCGUGCCGAGUAAGAACAACCUGGGAAACAAGUUUAACAAUACCACACCGUCAAGCAAGGCCAUUAGCUUUGUGGGACGCAGACAAACUGACAGCACGUUCAAAUUUAGCGUGGAUAUGACCUUCAACCCGACUCAGGACGGCCAGGAAGCCGGCAUCACCGCGUUCCUAACGCAAUAUGCUAAUGUGCAGCUUGCUGUUACUCGCCUUAACGGCUCAACCGUGUUUCGCUUCAACUCGACCGAGUCCCGGAACAAGUACACGCCUCUUCCCGAGGCUUGGGAAGAAGAGCCCAUCCGCCUCAUGAUUGACAUGUGCACCCCAGACGAGUACUUGUUUUCCGCUACCUUGGCCGAGGGCGACUCAGAGACGCUCCAGUUGGGCAAGGCGGCCACAAGUCAGCUGAGCGGACGUACGGGCAGUUUUGUCGGUACGCUGAUUGGGGUUUAUGCGACGUGUAAUGGGGCUGGCGACCAUGUUCUGGAUUGUCCGGAGAAUACGCCCAAGGCCUGGUAUAAUAAAUGGAGAUACGCCGGUCUGAAGCAGUGGGUUGAUAAGGGCAUUAGUGUGGCGAGUGAGGGGUUUAAUCAGGGGAUUUGA